AUGAUCCGAAGUCAAGAAAGAAUAGUAGAAGCAAAAGUUCAACCUAACAAUAUGACUGACAUAUUAUUUGAACCAAAUCCUCGAUUAAAAAAUAAAGCAUUAUUUACUGCAAAUGCAUUACUCAAUAUCGAAAAUAGCAAAAUUAGAAUUAGUAUAAUUAAUGCAACUAAUCGACAACAAACGCUUUCCGAAGGAACCAAAUUAGGUAUAGUGACACAAGUAUCUUCUACAAUUGGUGUCACCAUGUCAUCAAAUUAUUUAACAGAACGCAUUCCGGAAGGAAAAGCGUGUAAAGAGCUCAUUCCUGCAGGGAAAGGAGCGAAUAAAUCAAACAAAUCAAAUUUUAAUAAUAUGCUG